CUUUAACCUACUUCCCAUUUUCAACAUAAUGGAUAAUGAAAAUAAACUUAGACAACGGUUUGGUCAACCCAAACAUACUCCUUUGGUAGAAAAAGAAGAAAAAGAUAGAACAGAAGAGAAACAGCAACGUCCUUCUAUUGGCAAAACCCCAAGUGGUCAAAUUUUUCGUGUUCCUUCAACUCAUGAUAUGGUGACAACACUUUUAAAUCCUUUGGAACCGAAAUCAGUAUUUGACUUGAUCACAUUAGGUUGUAUGACUAUUCCUUGUUUACUAUGGUUGUGUCUUCCUGUAUCUAUUUCAAGAUAUAUACUUUUGGGACUCUAUCUAUUUUGGCGUUUAUCGUAUAAUAUUGGUCUUGGAUUAUUAUUAAAAUAUCAAAGCGAUUCUUGUGGGCUUGUGGAACUCUGUCAUCAUUAUCGACUUUUUGAUAUACAGUUGACUGGACAACAAUCAUGGUCAUAUUGGUUGAAGAGACAAUUAUCAAUCAAGAUGGAUUCUGAUUAUCAGUUUGAAAAGGUGCCUCUUGAAUACAAUACUUGGCUUCUCUUUCGACAGCUAGUAGAUCUGAUAUUGAUGAAUGAUUUUGCUAGCUACUUCUUCUUUGUAUUAUCUUGGUUCAACUGGUCUUAUUCUUCUUCUUCCUUUUACUUUAUGUUAGGUGAUCUAUUGCGAUGGACUGGUGGUUUAUUUUUGAUUUUGUUCAAUAUCUGGGUGAAAUUGGAUGCUCAUCGUGUAGUGAAAGACUUUGCUUGGUAUUGGGGUGACUUUUUCUUCGUGAUAGAACAAUCUCUUACUUUUGAUGGUGUAUUUGAAAUGGCUCCUCACCCUAUGUAUUCUAUUGGGUAUUUUGGUUAUUAUGGAUUAUCAUUGAUCAGUGCGAGUUAUAUGGUAUUGUUUGUUAGUAUUGCCGCUCAUGUCUUACAAUUUGCAUUCUUGAUCUUGGUAGAAACACCACAUAUUGAAAAGAUUUAUAAUCCUCGCAAGAUACAGAGAAGACAACCCAGAAUGAAUAUGACCUUGGAUGAUGAUGUGAAGCAUAUGAUGUUGGCUCUGGAUAAGAAUGCUGGUCGAGAUAUUUCUUCUUCUUGGAUUCGAUCUGAUAUGAUUGUAUUUCAAAACUUGGAUAUAUUUCGAUCGACAGAUUUAGUCUCAUUGAUGGUAAUGGUCUAUUCUAUCUUACUUCCUUUACUCCUGCCUGAUCAAAUGGGUAUUACUGCUGCACUUCUCCAAGCAUUUAUAUGGCGUGUGAUUUAUUCUGGUGGUUUAGGUACUCUACUUUGGGCUCAAUCAACAACCAAAUUCUUUACUCGACACUUUGUCAAAUGGGGUGGCAAUCAAGUAGAUGCUUUCCAGAAUUGGAAGAGUAUAUUCAACCUAUCCCUUUGUAUGACAUAUAUCACUUUCUUUAUGGCCUGUUGGAAAUCAUACUCUCUACCUCUAGAUUGGACAUAUGGUACCACUCUGUUGCGUCAUAUCCUUGGAUUGGUAUUCAUCUCUUUACAUAUUUGGACAUCUGUUUCUAUCUUUGAAGUGUUAGGUGACUUUGGAUGGUUCUAUGGGGAUUUCUUUAUUGAUCAACAUCGGAAUACCUUAUUAUAUACUGGAAUAUAUAGAUUUUUGAACAAUCCUGAAAAGAUCAUGGGUCAUGCUGCAUUUUGGGGAAUGACUUUAAUCACAAACAAUUGGAUUAUCUAUGGUCUAGCUUUAUUCUCGCAGUUAUCUAAUGUUUUAUUUUUACAUUAUGUUGAAGGACCUCAUAUGCAAAAGUUAUAUGGUGACCAAAUUCGUUCAGAAGCAGGACUGACAAAAACAUUACGAUCAGCAGCCAAUUCACUACCAAAAACAUUCCCUGAAAAACUUCAAGAACUUAUCAAAUUGGUUCCCAAUCAGCAACAAAAACAGCAAGAUAACAACACCAUUCCCAUUUUACAAAGAGUGGAAAAGGCCAUCGAAGGGACUGUUAGCUCUGUAGGUGAUACCAUCACCGCAGGACCACAUAUCAAGAAUUUGAUGAUAGAAGCAAAAAAUUCCAUGGAACCUCCAUCAGCGCCGAGUCAGCAACAUAACACAACUGCAUUAUCAUCAUCCUCACGUCAAUUGAAAGACUGUCAGAAUGCAGACUAUGGCAUUUAUAUUCAAGAACAAUGGAAUCUUGGUACGCCUAUCAAAGUUGAUUGGGAAAUAGUUUGUUCCUCUUAUGAGCAAAGGAAAUAUCAUCAAAAGAACUGGAUUGGCAUAUACAAAACGACAUCAACAUCAUCUAAAGUGAAAAAUUAUUCGAAAACCCGUGACAGUGACAUUAAGCUAGAUAAUUAUGGUCAACAAAUGACAACAAUCAGUUCUAAUGGACGUUGGCAUUGGCUCAAUGAAGGCAAAAAUGGAAGAGAGGACAAUGAAUCGCACAAGGAAAAAGGUACUCUUACUUUCAAAGGAUCACAACUACCAUGGGAGCUUGGUUGGUAUGAAUGCAGACUUCAUUUUGGUACAUCCUAUCGAAUCUUGGCAAUAUCAAGACCGUUUGAAAUUACAGUUCCUUCUGUCCCUAGUAUUAAGGAUACUGAUGCUUUAUCCCUCUGUGUCAUGAAAUCGAUACAACAUGUAAUGGGAAAUGAUGUGGAACGCAUGCCUAUGUCAAUGGUGGACUCUUUUAUUUUGACUGAUGAAGAAGCAAAACGGCUAGCAUAUAUGAUCACGGUGAUGUUCGAUUUGGAAUUUGCAUGGCAAGUCAUCUUGAUUGAUACUUCUGUUGUCAAACUAACAAAGAGGAUCCAACAAGCUCAGAAUAUCUUAUCACCUUUUAGCAAUCAUUCACCUACUUCAUCCCCUGAAACUACAUCGUCAUCCCCUAUUUUAGAAUAGAUCAUUUUAUAUUAUAUGACAUGAAAUUGAAUAAUAAAAGAAUCGAGCUUUUGAAUCAAU